AUGGCUACAAAUCUCUCUCUUCUUUUAUCAAUUAUACUUCGCCUUCUCGUAAUACAGCCUAUUAAAGGACACUCUUUCAAGUCCUUCCAACAUCUUGAGGGAUCUCACAAGGGCCAAACGGUGAAAGGGCUGCAUGAGAUCAAACACUAUCUCAGUGCAUUCGGCUACUUAAAGUUAGACAACAACACUGGUUUAAGCAAUGAUCAUGCUAGUGUAAAAGACAAGGAUGAGUUCAAUGAACAUUUGGAACAUGCAAUAAAAUCUUUCCAGAAGAAUUUUCAUCUCAAUGUUACAGGGAUGCUCGACUCUAGCACCCUCGAUGUAAUGAUGACUCCACGGUGUGGAGUUUCUGAUAUUGACAACAUGAGUCCGAAUUAUGCAUUUUUCCCUGGAAAGCCAAAAUGGGGUAAGAAAUAUCUAACCUAUACCUUUAAUUCAAGUGUCACGAGUGAGGUAUUGGAUAAGUUAAGUUUUGCAAUGCAAACGGGUUCCGAAGAAUGGCACAAACAUACACAAUUUACAUUUGCAAGGGGACGACCAAGUUCCACAUCUGACAUUAGUAUAAGAAUAAUGCACAUGGAUGGACCUGGUAAAGUUACAGCGCGUGCUGGUCCACCAACUUUUGCAAUAAUGCUCUUUGAUGCUGAUGAGAACUGGAGCAUUAAUGAUAAACCAAAUGCUAAUCAACUUGACAUGGUAUCGGUGGCCACACACGAAAUUGGACACAUUCUUGGACUUCAACAUAGUACAGAUGUAAAUGCUGUUAUGUACCCUUUUCUGGGUUAUGGUAUGACAAAAAGAGAAUUGAGCCAUGAUGAUAUUGAUGGCAUGUUUGCUUUGUAUGGCAAACCUUAA